AUGCCUCGUGGACUCAAUGCGGCGCGCAAGCUGCGCAUGAACCGUAAGGACCAGAAGUGGGCCGAUCUCGGAUACAAGAAGCGUGCCCUCGGUACCGCUUUCAAGUCCUCCCCCUUCGGUGGUUCCUCCCACGCCAAGGGCAUCGUCCUCGAGAAGGUCGGUGUCGAGGCCAAGCAGCCCAACUCCGCUAUCCGAAAGUGCGUUCGUGUUCAGUUGAUCAAGAACGGCAAGAAAGUCACUGCUUUCGUCCCCAACGACGGUUGCUUGAACUUCGUCGACGAGAACGACGAGGUCCUCCUGGCCGGUUUCGGUCGCAAGGGCAAGGCCAAGGGUGAUAUUCCCGGUGUCCGUUUCAAGGUCGUCAAGGUCUCUGGUGUCGGUCUGCUCGCUCUGUGGAAGGAGAAGAAGGAGAAGCCCAGAUCCUAA